GCCGGGGCUGAGGGAGGAUGAGCCGCUGCACGGCCCGCACCGGGAGAGCCGCGACACCAUGAGGGAGCCGCCCCGCCGGCCCCUGGCCCUGGGCUCCUGCCUCCUGCUCUGCGCCCUGCUCUGGCUUCCUGUUUGCAAUGUCUUUUGUAAAGACAGUGUCUCAUCGGCAGUGCAAUAUGCCUCAGGUGAUGCUUGCGCCCUGGCCAACGAUGAUGAAAAUUUCCAGGAAAAGGGGGAGGAGGCUGGUCCCAGGCUGGAGCCCGAGCAGGUGGACACAAGUACACGGAGUUCCUCUAUGGAAGAGCUGCUCAGUGACUUUACAAAAUCUGACCAGUCGGCAGAAGUAAGUGAAGCAAGCCAGCCCGAAGCUGUGAGCCCACCCUCAGCAGAUGUAAAUGAAGCUUCCUCCAGCAUAGUUGCAAGCACUGAAAACACUUCCAGUUCACCUACCUCAGAGAUACCUCCAGUCUCACAGCCCGAUGCAAUAGAGAAUUCCCGUGCUGAUCCCCCUGUAGUCAGCUCUAGUGAAGCUGAGCAGUCAGAACCUGACUGUGAUAUUGGUGGGACACUUGAGGCUGACCCUCAGAGUGAGCCUUCCUCUUUUGUCAGUCCACCAGAGAGCCUUGCAGGUCAACAUAUAGAGAAUAUAUCAUCUUCACAUGGCAAGGGAAAGAAGACAAAAUCUGAAUUUGAGUCGAAAGUUUCAGUAGCUGAAAAGGGGGCAGAGGAGCAAAAAUCUGCUCUGAAUGCCUCGGAGAACUUAAAAAGGGAGAAAGACUUUAAGAAAACAGGAGAAAUCGACCCCACGUCAGUAAUAACUCCAAAGGACCCUGGAGACAUUCCAACCUUUGAUGAAUGGAAGAAGAAAGUCAUGGAAGUGGAGAAAGAAAAGAGUCAGUCAAUGCACCCCUCUGCUGUUGGUGGGCAGCAUGCCACUAAAAAGGUCCAGAAAAAUAGGAAUAACUACGCCUCUGUGGAGUGUGGUGCCAAAAUCUUGGCAGCCAACCCAGAGGCAAAGAGCACUUCAGCUAUUUUGAUGGAAAACAUGGACCUUUACAUGCUCAAUCCUUGCAGUACUAAAAUCUGGUUUGUUGUUGAGCUCUGUGAACCAGUCCAAGUAAAGCAGUUUGACAUUGCAAAUCAUGAAUUAUUCUCUUCCACUCCCAAAGACUUUCUGGUGUCAAUUAGUGACAGGUAUCCAACAAACAAAUGGAUUAAAUUAGGUACUUUCCAUGCCAGAGACGAGAGAAAUGUGCAAAGCUUUCCUCUGGAUGAACAGAUGUAUGCAAAAUAUGUUAAGAUGUUCAUCAAGUACAUAAAGGUGGAGUUGAUAUCGCAUUUUGGAUCGGAACAUUUUUGUCCUUUAAGUCUCAUAAGGGUAUUUGGUACGAGCAUGGUUGAAGAGUAUGAAGAAAUAGCUGAUUCUCAGUAUCAGUCUGAACGGCAAGAACUCUUUGAUGAAGAUUAUGAUUAUCUAUUGGAUUACAACACAGGCGAAGAAAAAUCUUCAAAAAAUCUUCUUGGUUCUGCAACAAAUGCCAUCCUCAGUAUGGUGAACAUUGCUGCUAAUAUGCUCGGAGCCAAAACUGAAGAGUCAACUGAAGCAGAAGCAGGGAACAAGAGCGUGUCUGAAAAUGUCACUGCCACUCCUGCAACUUCAACAGCUGCACCGAGACUGCCGGAACCAACGCCUGUUCCUUCACCAGAACUUGUUACUACAGAUAUUCCACAGAUAGAUAAAGAGCAAGUGGUGGUGGAUUUGACUAAAGAAAGUCCUAUUGUUCAGCUCGUACAAGAGUAUGAAGAAGAUACAAGCCAGUCCACAGUAACCUUGCUGUCCAGUGAUGAUCAGGAAGAAGAAUCAUCGACCUGGUUUGAGCUGGAGACAGAGCAGUACUGCUGUGACAUGGCAGCAGUGUGCUGCAUUUCCACCUUUUCGGAAUACCUGUUCAAGUGGUGCUCGGUGGCAGCGGCCCUGCACCGG